AUGUAUCGCAUUCUCCACCGCACCUUGUGCACCAUUGCAGAGGAAUCAACCUCCAGCAUCAAGUCCAUUUCACAAGACCUCUACAAAGAACAAAACCUCAAGACCCUCGUUGACAAGUUCAAGAAAGCUUCUGACAUCGACCGCUUCCGUACAAAAGCCGGCAUCUACGAAGACACCGUCCGCCGCCUCGCCAGAGCCAAACGUUUCCGAUGGGUCCGUGACAUUAUCGAACACCAGAAGAAUUACACCGACAUGGCCAAUGAAGGUUUCUCAGCGCGUCUCAUUACGUUGUAUGGGAAAUCCAAAAUGGACAGACACGCACAGAAGCUGUUUGAUGAAAUGCCUCAGAGAAACUGUAACCGUUCUGUGUUAUCUCUUAAUGCUUUGUUGGCUGCUUAUCUUCAUUCCAAGAAAUAUGAUGUCGUUGAGAAGCUUUUUAGGGAUCUUCCUGUUCAGCUCUCUGUGAAACCUGAUUUGGUUUCUUAUAAUACUUUUAUUAAAGCGUUGUUGGAAAUGGGUUCUUUUGAUUCUGCGGUUGCGGUGGUUGAGGAGAUGGAGAAGGAAGGAGUGAAAACUGAUUUGAUCACGUUUAAUACUCUGCUUGAUGGGCUAUACUCAAAGGGUCGUUUUGAGGAUGGUGAGAAACUGUGGGGAAAAUUGGGUGAGAAGAAUGUUGUUCCUAAUAUCAGGACUUACAAUGCGAGGUUGUUGGGGUUGGCUAUGGUGAAGAAAACUGGUGAAGCUGUUGAGUUUUAUGAGGAAAUGGAGAAAAAGGGCGUCAAGCCUGAUAUUUUUAGCUUGAAUGCUUUGAUCAAAGGUUUUGCCAAUGAAGGGAACUUGGAUGAAGCUAAGAAGUGGUUUGGUGAAAUUGGAAAAUCUGAGUAUGACCCUGAUAAGGCCAGUUAUUCUAUAAUUGUUCCUUUUCUGUGUGAGAAGGGUGAUUUGAAAACAGUUCUUGAGAUGGUUAAGGAGAUAUUCUACACUCACUGCCGUGUUGAUGCAUCGUUGCUGCAAGUUGUGGUGGACAAACUGCUGAGUGAGUCCAUGGUUUCAGAGGCCAAGGAGAUUGUUGAACGAGGGAAAACAAAUAAUUACUGUCGCUAUAAGCUAAAUUUGCCAGCAGAUGAGUGA